UAAUAAGUGAAGCGGCAUCAGUAGUGCGCGUGUAGGGACGCGCAGAGGCACAGCAGAACCCCGGAGGCGGCGACUGUGUGCUGGAGCUUGUAGUGCCCCGGAGGCGGCUACAGGCACGGACUAACCCCCCCCAGGGGAAGAGGAGGAGCUUCUGGCAAAGAGAAGGCCAAAGGAAGCCCGAGGAGUCACGUGAUUGGCGCGCUGCGUUGGCCGUGACAUCAUCAAGGGAGCGCCUAUGAGUAGAGCGCGCUAUAAGCUACAGACUGGCGUCCUAAAGCAGUUCUCUGGUGGCCAGCAGUGAAAGCAUGGAGGAGGACAAACUUGCUGAGGAGUCAGCAGUCCCUCCAGCCUUGGUACCUCUGAGGGGUAGUGACCCUGACAGCAGACAACUUGCUUACUAGUCCAGCACUGCAGCAAUAAUAUUUCACCCCGUAGUGAUGCCUUUAGCUGAAGAAAACCCUCUCUCAAGAGACCCUCCGCUGAUCCUUCCGGUGGUUGUCAUAGGCAAUGGACCAUCUGGAAUCUGCUUGUCAUACAUGUUGUCUGGAUACAGACCUUAUCUGUCCCCUGAAGCUCUACAUCCGAAUCCCAUUCUCCACAGCAAGUUAGAAGAAGCAAGGCACCUUUCUAUUCCUGAGCAGGAUUUGGAAUACUUGUCGGAAGGAUUGGAGGGUCGCUCAUCUAACCCUGUCGCUGUAUUGUUUGACACGCUCCUACAUCCGAAUGCUGAUUUUGGGUAUGACUACCCAUCUGUUCUGCAGUGGAAGUUGGAGCAAGAACACUAUAUUCCUCAUAUAGUACUAGGGAAGGGGCCCCCAGGUGGAGCCUGGCAUGAUAUGGAAGGCUCCAUUCUGACUCUCAGCCUUGGGGACUGGAUGGAGUUACCUGGGCUAAAGUUUAAAGACUGGGCCAUGGGUAAGAGAAGAAAUAUAAAGAGUGACCGGGCGACACCAGCAGAAGUGGCCUCAUAUUACAAACAUUAUGUGAAACUUAUGGGUAUUCAAAGAAAUUUUAUAGACAACACCUACAUUACUUCUGUCGUAAGACCUUACCGGGAAUCAAACGAUUCUGUAAGCCAUGAUUCAGAAGAUGUUCCAUGUGAAGAAACACACAUUGAUAAAGAAAAUGAGGUUCUCAAGAAGAACUGGGAAAUUCAUGGCUAUCGGAGGGCGGCAGAUGGUGCCCAUCAGCCUUUCUUUCUAUUUGCGGAGAAUCUUGUUCUUGCCACAGGAACAUUUGAUGCACCUGCUCGGCUGGAAGUCCAUGGAGAAAACCUUUCUUAUGUUUCGCAUUCAAUUGCCGAAUUUGAAGAAGCUGUAGGGAAAGGAAUGCUGAGUGACGUGGUAGAUCCAGUCUUAAUUGUGGGAGCCGGGCUGACGGCAGCUGACGCUGUCCUAUGUGCACACAACAAUAAUAUUCCAGUAAUUCAUGCUUUCCGUAGAAGACUCAAUGAUCCAAAUCUUAUUUUUAAACAAUUGCCCAAAAAACUGUAUCCAGAAUACCACAAAGUGUACCAUAUGAUGUGCACUCAAGUCUCUGCUGCUGCUUCCAACUUGUAUCCCUCUUAUACAAGUUACCCUGAGCACUUUGUACUUUCUUUGAAGCCAGACAUGACGUGUGUCCUUCAGAGUACUAGUGGACCAAAGAAGGUUGUAAAGGUAUCAAUGGCUUUAGUCUUGAUCGGGUCUCAUCCAAACCUAUUUUUCUUAAAAGAACAAGGUCGGGGUUUAGGGAGCCACCACAAUCAGCCAAUCACUUGUAAAGGCAACCCUGUGAAAAUUGAUCCGUACACAUAUGAAUCUUGUAAAGAACCAAAUCUCUUUGCCCUGGGACCUCUAGUUGGCGACAACUUCAUUAGGUUUCUGAAAGGUGGCGCACUUGCCAUAACUCGAAGUCUAGAACUGAGGCAGAAGAAGACAAGACAUCGAAUUGUAGAAAGUGGCAGUGAGGAUGGGGUGUCUUAAAGUUCUACAUUUUCUAUCUUCUGGUGCCCUUACAGCUCCCUGAUUCCCUUCCAUGAUCUGCAAACUUGCAGAUUCCAUCAGUAUGUGUUUUUGCACAGUGCAAUGUAUUUCAUAAUCUAUGGUAGGACUGAAAUAAAGUGCUGCUUUUGUAGAAGAUCCAGUCUACCUACUGUAGAGGACUAACCAGAUUUUACGGUGUCCUAUGUUUCUUUAGCUCUUGUGCAGCUGUUUAUAUAAACAUACUGUUUUUGUUUUUUUAUAUUUUUCAGCCUCUAAUUUCAUUCCUCAGUAUGUUGUAAAUCUUAUCUGUCAGAGUUCAGUGUUAUUGGGCUGUAGAUAAAUGGCAAUGUGGAAGUUGAAGCUUCCCACACGUUGUGUGAAAGUUUUGUGGCGUUCAAGAAUGCUAUCUGUUGUAUAUUUAAGGAAAUGUGAACGAACCCGUUACACUUUUAGUUUAUUAACCUAACUGAUGUAGAAGUACAAUCUAUCCGUUUGGAGGAUGUAAGGGUAUUUAAGUGCUUUUAUUAAAAUGUCCCUUCUAAGCCUUUUAUAAUGUUACUGAAGUACUGGUAACUGUCCAGAUCUGCCUCUUCAUUGAAUGUGAGUCUUGUCAAAGGGUUUCUGUCAUCAGAAAAAUCGUUAUGUAGCUGACCUUAGCGAUGUGCUGAUGUCAGCAGUACAUAACAGUGUGCUUUAUAACUCCCUGCCUGCUGCCGUUCCCUCAAAAUAAAGACGUUUACAAUCAGCUAAUGAGCCUCUAGGUGUUGCAGCGUCUUCUCACCCUUUGGCAUGCCCAUGUACAGUUGAUUGACGGCCGAGUUCUCCUCAGAGUCCCGUAAAUCCCGCGCCUGCUCCGUCCCAUUUAGUAUUCGGUGCAGUGAGGAAGCAGGAGCGCGUCCUUCACUCACUGUGCCGAAUACUAAAAUGGACAGCGCA